ACGGGAUCGGGAAAGGGAACGGGAACGGGGACAGGGACAGGGCUGGGAGAAGGAGGAGAGGGCUGAGCCUGCGGGGACAUCAGGCCGGGGGGCGGCAGGCACAGCCGUGAGCCGGAGGAGAUGCGGCGGGAGCCGGGCCGCGAGUGACGGCAGCCGGGGGCGGAGGGCCGCAGCGCCAUGUCCCUGGGCAGUGACAGCGGCCCCGGCAUCGUGCACAGCCUGCUGUGCCACCGGCAGGGAGGGGACAGCGAGGCCUUCGCCCGCCGCGCCAUCCAGAGCCUGCUGAGGAAGCUGAAGGAGAAGAGGGACGAGCUGGACGCGCUGGUGGCCGCUGUCACCUCCGGCGGGGCCCAGCCCGGACAGUGUGUCACCGUCCAGCGCACCCUGGACGGGCGGCUGCAGGUGGCCGGCAGGAAGGGGUUCCCACACGUCAUCUACGCCCGGCUCUGGCGCUGGCCCGACCUGCACAAAAACGAGCUGAAACCCGUCAAAUUCUGCCAAUUCGCCUUCGACCUCAAGUGCGACAGCGUCUGUGUCAACCCCUACCACUACGAGCGCGUGGGGACCCCCGCCAGCGGUCUGAGCGUCCAGAGCACAGGUGAGACCCCGGCCCGCGGGCGGCGGGGAGCCCCCCCCGGAGCCAGCCCAGCCCCCCGCAGCGGGUCCCCGGGAGGGGGGCUGUUGUGGGGGUCCCUGCUGAGGGUCUCGGACAGGCUGCACAUCGGGAAGGGGGUGCAGCUGGAGCGGCGCGGAGAGGGGGACGUGUGGAUGCGCUGCCGCAGCGAGCACGCCGUGUUCGUGCAGAGCUUCUACCUGGACAGGGAGGCCGGCAGAGCCCCCGGGGACGCCGUGCAUAAGGUGUACCCCGGAGCACACAUCAAGGUGUUUGACCUGCGGCUGUGCCACCGGCAGAUGCAGCAGCAGGCGGCCACUGCCCAGGCUGCGGCCACCGCUCAGGCCGCUGCUGUGGCCGGCAGCAUCCCCGGGCCCGGCUCGGUGGGUGGCAUCGCCCCGGCCAUCGGGCUGUCGGUGGCCGCGGGGCUCGGCGUGGACGACCUGCGGCGCCUGUGCCUCGUUAGGCUGAGCUUCGUCAAGGGCUGGGGGCCCGACUACCCCCGGGCCAGCAUCACCUGCACGCCCUGCUGGAUCGAGGUGCACCUGCACCGCGCCCUGCAGCUGCUGGACCACGUCCUGCACGCCCUGCCCGACGCCCACGCCUGACUCUGGAAGGAGCAGCCAAAAAAAGAGGAAAAAGAAGAGGAAAAAAUGAAGCAAAGUGACCAAAAAUGUGUUGGUUUAGCAGUUAUUUAGUGGAUAGGGUCGGGGUUUGUGGCCUGGGUGAAGUGUGGCCCUCGGCGCCGAUUUCCACCUCCUGGUUUAACUUUUGUAUGAAAAUAAACCAAAAAGAGGAUUAUAAAACAGCCAAAAAAGCAAGGUGA